GCUUGGGGACCUCCCUAUACGCACUCAGUCCCAAUCUUCUUUGAAACCUGUGAUUGCAUUUUCCAAAGUUCACUUUUUCAACAACGAUUUUAGAAGCGACACUCAGUUGGGAAUUUGUAUCGUCCAAUACUGUCAUUGAUUUGAGGCCAUUUACACCUCUAAAGUAGUCAGACAUGCCCGGUGUUGCAGUUGGCUCACGCCGUGGAAAUCCAAGCGUUGCCCCGGUUCUAAACGCGGUUGACUUUGUCCCAUAUAAUGCUACCCAUGACCAUAAAUCUUCAUAUGGCAAUACUAGUCCGGGACAUCUAGUCGCUUCGGAUGAAUUGGACAGGGCAAAAAGGCUUGCAUUGGAAACACAGGCUGAAGAGAAUCUCCGCAACAUGAUGGAAAAGGAGAAAGUAGAACUCCAUCGAAAAUCACUCGAUCGAGUGCAGAAUUGGGGAAACACUGUUCUGGGGCAGCGCCGACAAAGACUUGCUGCCAAAGAAGAGCGCAUGGCAAAACUUGAGGAAGAGAGACAGAAGGUGGACCAGGAAUGGGCAAAACUUAAAGACGCUAAACGUCAGGAAGCGAUCGAUCGAGCUCGGUGGAUGCAACGUACCGAACAGCCCAGAAUUAAGCAAUUACAUUCUUCCCUUCUGCUAUCCAAUGUCCUUGAGGAACGGAAUAGGCAGUUGAUUGAGAACGAGCAGCGUCGCAAAACACUCGAAAAAGCCAAGCAUGCCGAGGAAGCUCGGCUCCGACACGCAGAAGAAGAGGCUCUACGCAAGGAACAAGAAGCAAUGGUCCGUGCACGGAUAGCCGCCUAUCAGACAGCCGAAGACCAACUACAGCAGGUUGCUGCCAAAAGACACGGGAAGAGUAGGUCUAGGGCAAGUUCAAACGUCCCUGGCACAGAUGAGACGAGAGAUGAUGAGAAGUGGGCGGCGGAAAGUCGAAGAGCAGCGGCUCAGGAGCGGGAACUUCGAUUGACAGAUCGGCAACGCCAACUCAAACUGGAAGAGGAACAAAGGAAAGCUUUGGACGCAGCAAAAGAGCAGCACGAAGCCGAAAAGCGCAAAAUUCUUGAAGACGAAAAGCUGCUCAAAGAGGAGGCUGAGAAAUUUGCGGAGAUGAAGCGUUUGUUUGCAGUACAACGCAAAGAAGCAGAAAAGAGGAUCAUUCAAGAAAGGCAAAACAAAUCCGAAGCUGCUUCACGCAUAGCGGCCGAACAGAGCCUAGAAUACCAGCGUCGGAGAGAAGAGUUCCUUGAAAAGAACAUUCACGCUCACGAUGGGUUGUGGGAAAAGAGGAUGGCGGAGGAACAGGCUAGGCAUAAGAAGGCGCUUGAGCAAGAAGCAAGCUAUCAGAUAGAACAUCUCAAAGAAAUGCAGGAACGCCGUCGUCGUGAAUUAGAAGAGGGACUAGCUAUAAGGCAGAAAUUUGAGAGGGAGGCGACGGAGUUCAUAGAGGGGGGAAAAGCUGAAAAGGCAACGGCACACAAGAAUUUAGACAUUCUUAAGAAAGCACACAAAGAACAAAUGGAAAUGAACGAGCGGCGUCGCAAACAAGAGCGUUCAGAACUACUUGAAGACGAGCUUGCCGCGCGAAGAGAACAAGAAACGGAAGAUGAAGCGUUCGAGAACUAUGCGAUGCAGUUAAUGAAGGAAUGGCGUGCAGCAGGGAAGGAUGUGACACCGAUCCUGAGAGUUCUUCGUCAGGACAACGCUCAGAGAAAACCAGAACGACCUGUGCCUCCUGGUCAACAAUUGGUGAAUACGUUUUCUCGAUUAGGUUUCCCGGGGAGAUCUACGACGUAAAUAGUAUGCAAAUGAGUAUCUAAGCAAUUUCGAUCGUGAAGGACUUCUAGACGAUUAGUUCUCGGUAGCAUAGGCGCUAGCGGUAGAGAGCGCGCAUCAUAGAUCUUAUGAAACUAGUUAGCUGAAUAAAAAAGUAGUGUGAUAACUGGA